AUGGAAGAACCGAAUGCUAGACCUCAUACAGCAAGCGAUACAGCUCAGCUUCGGCUAACCUCUCUCACGCCCGAGCUAAAGUGCGCCGUCUUCGCAAAUCUUCCAGAUGUGACUAGCACGAAGUCACUUGCCUUGGUGUCCUCCUCAUUCUACUAUACCUUCCUAGACGCCCAAACUCUCAUACUCAGUCAAGUAUUGCAGAACGAAAUACCCACGGAUUUGAUGCAUGGUGCUUUUGCAGCUUACAAUGCCUCCAGAAUACCGGUGUGGACUAAGCAAGCCGUUCAGGAUUUCCUAGACGAGUACUUCGGCAACUCCGUCCCCCACAAGGCUCAAAAAUGGAAUCUCUCUGAAGCCCUUCGUAUGAGCAAAUUCCACAGCUGCGUGGAGUUCUUUGCCACCGAGUUCGCAUCUUCCGCGCUCUCCAAAAAUCCCUCCACUCGAGGUUCAAAUGCUGCACCAUCAUUUACAGAGAUACUCCGUAUUAAGCGCACCCUCUACCGAUUCGAGCUUUAUUGCAAUCUUUUCCGAAAGCCAAGCUAUCAUCGUAUGGUACGAGGUGUACGGAACUGUCUGAUUCAGCCCAGACCCUUUGGAGCGUCAGAACAACGAGAAAUUUUCUUUGAUUUGUUUUCACCGUGGGAGAACGAACAAUUGGGCUGCAUCUACGACUACCUUGUCGAAGAGAUCACAGUUCCCUUCAAUGACGUUGCUGAGCACGACGUUGACUGGGGCGAACUUUCCAUACCUUGGGUCGAUACGUUUGGUAGCAGUGAAAUCUGGUACAAGGAGCGUUACCUUUUAGUAGGCCUGGACUUCAUCUUCCAGCUUAGCACCGCUAGUACCUAUGAUGAUCGACACAGACUCUUAAAGUCGGAUCAGGUGUCCGGGGAAUCUUUCCUUUCCGACGCCAUGAUCCCACCCCGCUUGCUCCAACACGAUGGUGUUCCGCUUGAGGAAGACAGCGACGAAGAAAAAGAACCUUGGUCAGCCCUCCUUUUGAUGACGACAAUGAUAGCGGUCCCACCGAAGCAUGGCGACCGCUUCUAUUUCUUAGAGGAUCAUCGCCGGUUUCGUCAGCGAGGCUACGUUAUGUGGGAUCUCACAAGACUUCUUGAGUGGGAAUUCUUCGCGCUUCCCGUCCAGGCGCUGGCCGCAGAGCGCUUACCCGGAUAUUCAGGAUGUCUUGAACAGCAAGCCGAGAUGGACAGGCAGAAGGUCUCUUGGAAGGAGAGAUCGCGGAUCUGGGGGAAAGGCGGGACCGGCUGGUGGGCUCCGGGAGAUGAGAGCCACAUACAAUGGCCUCGACGAUAUCAAAAUCCACAAGUCCCCUCCACACAGAAGUAUACUCUGGCAUUGCCGAAAAUACUGAAAGCUGCCCCAAAGUCUUUGGGCUGA